AUGAUUCACUCAUCUUCAAACGAGUUUCCGAAAAGUGUUGAAGGAUUUGGUUAUAGAUUUAACGAGGAAGGAAAGCUGCGGAACAUUAAAACAAACGAAAGGUUUGAAUUUUAUGUCAAGCGGGAUGACCACUCCUACAACCAAAAGCACUAUGAGGCAUUGGGUGAGGUUAUUGGCGAACACAUUGAAAAUGAGUUGGUGUCAGAGUAUGGUCUCCUGAGACGCGUCAUUCCAGUGGAGUUGGAAGAAGACGAGGACGCGUUGAAGAGCAGAAUCUAUCUUAGGCAAGCUAGAAAAAAAAUGAAGGAAGUGGCGUCGUGCGCCCUGGACAAUGGGCGCGACAAGCUCGGAACCAUGUAUCCAUACAUUCGAAAAGCACAAGAGUUGAAAUGGGGCAUCGUAAUAUUUAAUCCCAAUGAGAAUUAUGGAAGAAUUAUUAGAGAUGGCAAGGUUGUUUCCCGUGGGUCAAUCAAAGGUUCAGAAUCAUCGGAUAACCAUUGCUUAUACGUAUGGAAAAAUUUCGUCAGAACCUCCAAAGCUGAAAAAAUUAUGAUCGUGGCCCAUAGCUAUGGCGGUAUCAACACUACUUACCUAUUGAGUAAAUUGGCCGACGAAUUCAAAUCACGUGUUAUUGCUAUAGCGCUCACAGACAGUGUACACAGUGUCUCCAUGAUUCCUACGCAAUUAAGAGAAUGGUUUAUGAAUCACUCGCUCAAUUGGAUCAAAUCAUCUUUGCCUCUCAGUGAAAAUAUAAAGGAAGCAAAGAAGUUCUAUGGAUGUCGUUGUUUUUCAGCUGGUCAUCCGAAACAUGAAUACACCUCUGGUACGGCCUUUGAAGAUGUUUUUGAAUUCCUAACAUAUCGUCUAAAGAAGAGCUAUGAUGAUCAAAAAAAAGAUCAGGACAAUCAGGACAAUCAGGACACCAGCAAAGAUUCCGAUCAAAAUGAUAUGGAAAUUGAUAAGGAAAAUGAUAAAGAAAGCAUAAAACAAGACACCGGUGGAACAAGUAGUGUUUCAACAUCAACAGAUGCGCCUACUGAGAUGGAAAUAGAUGAUGACAGUGCUGCCACCAAAAAUAAUGACAAACCAGUGGAAAAUGAGAAAGAUGAUCGCGAGGCGAUAAAUGAUAAUUCAACAGAUCUUAGUAAAACCAUAGUAGUAGAUCCCGAUACUGCGAAUGACAUUUCAGAUCCAAGUGAUGGCAAAGUAUUAACCGAAGGCAACAAACAGGAUCCUGAGGCGACAAAGGAUACUUCGACAUUCGCAAACCUUAAUAGUGAAAAUAUUGAUUCAACGGAAAAUUCCGCGAUGGAAAACGGGGUUUCAACAUCCGUAGAUUCUGACCAAGUCGUGAAUGUUAGUAAGUCCUUAAAUUCUGAAUUAGAAGUUACCCAGCCCUCUCCCGAAAUUCUCGAUGGCAACAAUCAACAAGGUACAAACGUUAUAGAGGAUGAGAGUUCACAUGAACAAAGUCAAAAUGAUAAUACCGAAAUCCUCCAACAUUUAAAUGAUGAUCAAAAUACUAAAGUCGAUGCGAAUGAGAUGGAUACUGACAACGGGCGUAUCCAAGGAAAAGAACCGACAUCUAUCGCUGACCAAGAGAUCAAUCAAUCCGAGGAAGAAGGCAUUUCCAAUCCCUCGAAAGAAUAG